AUGAGCGUGCUCUUCUCCAUCCUCGCUGGGAACUCUUACACCUCUCUUUACAGCCAAAAUGAAGCCAUCUACUGUGCUCUUUUUGCCGAAGUCUCGGAGGCAAAGGCGCUGAUGGAGCAGAUCGCGUUGGUGUGUUCGGGCCGGCCCUUCUAUCGAUCAGCACUGGAGAAUAUCCGCCGUUACGUGAAACACGACCUGCGCCGGAUAGAUAUUCCACCCUCGGUCCUUUGUGCUUGCAAGCCUCGCGAUGACCCUCUUGAGAGCAUCUUGUACCUGACCAGCGUUGGGGUUCCAUCGGCGGUCUAUGAGACCGUGCGCAGCCUGCGGCAGCGAAGGGGUGAUCGCCUCGGGGCGGUGCAAAGGAAGCUUCCCCCAGUACAGAUGGCUUUGCUCUACGUCCUUGGCGGCUUAAAUCUGGUUGGCCUCCUUCUGCUCGCCUUGCGCCGGCCAUCGGCUGCCGAGUACCACCUUUGUCGCGGGCUCUUCGCGAUGAUGGCCGGGGGCUUGAUGAUGACCAUGAGAGUGAUCCAUGAGCUGUGGGUUCCAGUUGGGGGCGCCUACAACGUGGAUGGCGUGCUGAGGGUCAUGAUCCGCGGGCUUGAAGAUGAGCUGGACCAGCGUCUGAAAGGCAAGACCUUCUCCGACACUCGCCUCCCCCCACCGCCCCCGAGCUUCAAGCGCCCGAUCAAGGCGGAUGCCCAGGCAGGGCCGGCAACAUCAAGCUGA